AUGUUGAAACAUAUAUCUAAUGUGCCGAGCAAGUUCUCGCGCCGACAGUUUAGCUCGCAAAGCUCUGCUCUCGAGAAAUUCAACAAGUACUCUUCGAUCCUGACUAGCUCGAAGUCCCAGGGUGCGUCGCAGGCCAUGUUGUACGCUACCGGAUUCAAAGACGAUGAUUUUUCCAAGGCACAGGUCGGAGUCGGUUCCGUUUGGUGGACAGGAAACCCUUGCAACAUCCACUUGAUGGACCUGAACAACCGGUGCAGUGAGUCCGUGAACAAGGCCGGCUUGAAGGCCAUGCAGUUCAACACCAUUGGUGUUUCCGAUGGUAUCAGUAUGGGUACUACCGGUAUGCGUUAUUCGUUGCAAAGUCGUGAGGUGAUUGCCGAUUCCUUUGAGACCAUGAUAAUGGCCCAGCACUACGACGCCUGUAUCGGUAUUCCAUCGUGUGACAAGAACAUGCCUGGUGUUCUUAUUGGCUUUGCUAGACACAACAGACCGUCCAUCAUGGUGUACGGUGGUACAAUUCUCCCAGGUUCGGGAACCUGCUCUGGCGUUCCGAAGCAGCUCGACGUUGUUUCUGCUUUCCAGUCGUACGGUCAAUACCUGAGCAAAUCCAUCAACGAAGAGCAAAGAAAGGACAUUGUGCGGAACGCAUGUCCCGGUCCAGGAUCUUGUGGUGGUAUGUACACCGCCAACACGAUGGCGUCUGCUGCUGAGGUGAUGGGUAUGUCUCUUCCGGGCUCCUCUUCUGCACCCGCCGUGUCCAAGGAGAAGCUGGCCGAGUGCGACAACAUUGGAGAGUCUAUGAAGACUUUGCUCCGUUCUGGUCUGACUCCGCUGGACAUUAUGACUAGACCGGCGUUCGAAAACGCUAUUGCAUACGUUAUUGCCACCGGAGGUUCCACCAAUGCUGUUCUGCAUCUGCUGGCUAUCGCCAAUUCCGCCAAUGUCGACCUGACAAUCGAUGACUUCCAGGCCAUUUCGGAAAAGACCCCGCUGCUCGGAGAUUUCAAGCCUUCAGGAAAAUACGUGAUGGCAGACUUGCAGAAGUUCGGUGGAACCCCUGCUGUGAUGAAGUAUCUGCUGAAAGAGGGCAUUUUGAACGGCAAUGUUCCAACUGUCACUGGUAAAACCAUGAAGGAGAACUUGGAGAAGUUCCCAGAGCUUCCUGUUGACCAGGAUAUCAUCCGUCCCGUUUCCAACCCAAUCAAGCCAAGAGGACAUCUGCAGAUCCUGAAGGGAUCGCUUGCCCCUGGUGGAGCUGUUGCUAAGAUCACUGGUAAGGAGGGAACUUACUUCAAAGGAAAGGCCAGAGUGUUUGAGGAGGAACAAGGAUUCAUCGAGGCUCUUGAGCGUGGAGAGAUCAAGAAGGGCGAGAAGACCGUGUGUGUGAUCCGUAACGAGGGUCCUAAGGGAGGCCCAGGUAUGCCAGAGAUGUUGAAGCCUUCGUCUGCUCUGAUGGGUUACGGUCUUGGUAAGGACGUUGCGCUGCUGACAGAUGGACGUUUCUCUGGUGGAUCGCACGGAUUCUUGAUUGGACAUAUUGUCCCCGAAGCAGUUGAGGGAGGACCAAUUGGACUGGUCAAGGAUGGAGAUAUCAUUGUCAUCGACUCGGACAACAACUCCAUCGACAUUCUGGUGUCAGAAGAGGAGCUCGCCGAGAGAAGAAAGCACUGGAAACGUCCUGCUCCAAGAUACACGCGUGGCACUCUGCACAAAUACUCAAAGCUUGUUUCCGACGCCUCCAAGGGAUGUGUCACCGACCUUUAA